AGGGGGUGAGCAGCCAGUGAUCCACCGGCAUCAUGGCUUCCACAUUGGAUAUGAAGUGUUUUUAGCACACCCUAGAAGAAAAUAGCCAUUCAUUGUUGAAAAUCUGAGCCCGUUCUAGUCUCAUAUUGGGACUGAGGGUCCGUGCCGCCCUCUUCUCUCCCUCGACCGCCUCUAGAAGGAGGAUCUUCAGUGUUUUUAUUGUGAGUUUUCAUCCAUAAAUCGUGGAAGAUGGCCGACGUACCGGCGGAGUGCACCAUCAAAGUGAUGUGCCGUUUCAGGCCCUUGAAUAGUUCAGAAGUGACCAGAGGGGACAAAUACAUACCUAAGUUUCAAGGGGAAGACCAUGUGGUCGUCGGGAGCAAACCGUUCCAGUUUGACAGAGUGUUCCAGCCUAAUACGACACAGGAGCAAGUAUACAACGCCUGCGCCCAGAAGAUCGUCAAAGAUGUUCUGGAGGGGUACAACGGGACAAUAUUUGCAUAUGGACAGACGUCAUCCGGCAAAACACACACGAUGGAGGGUAACCUUCAUGACACAGAUGGGAUGGGGAUCAUCCCCAGGAUAGUGCAGGACAUCUUUAACUACAUCUACUCUAUGGACGAGAACCUGGAGUUCCACAUCAAGGUUUCAUAUUAUGAAAUUUACUUGGACAAGAUUCGGGACCUCUUGGAUAUGUCAAAGACCAACCUGUCAGUGCAUGAAGACAAAAACAGAGUUCCCUAUGUCAAGGGAUGCACUGAGAGAUUUGUCUGCAGCCCAGAGGAAGUCAUGGACACCAUUGAUGAAGGCAAAUCUAACAGACAUGUAGCAGUUACAAACAUGAAUGAGCACAGCUCCAGAAGUCACAGUAUCUUCCAGAUCAACGUGAAGCAGGAGAACACUGCUACAGAGCAGAAACUGAGCGGAAAGCUCUACCUCGUCGACCUGGCUGGAAGUGAAAAGGUCAGUAAGACUGGGGCGGAGGGAGCCGUGCUGGACGAGGCCAAGAACAUCAAUAAGUCUCUGUCUUCUCUGGGCAACGUCAUCUCAGCCCUGGCAGAAGGCUCUGGUUAUAUCCCGUACAGAGACAGUAAAAUGACCAGAAUCCUUCAGGACUCUCUGGGGGGGAACUGUAGGACCACCAUUGUUAUCUGUGCCUCUCCCUCUGCCUACAACGAGUCAGAGACCAAGUCCACCCUCAUGUUUGGACAGAGAGCGAAGACCAUUAAGAACACUGUGUGUGUGAACGUGGAGCUGACGGCAGAACAGUGGAAGAAGAAGUACGAGAGGGAGAAGGAGAAGGGCAAGGCCUUGAGGAACACCAUCACCUGGCUGGAGAAUGAGCUCAACCGCUGGAGGAACGGUGAGAGUGUGCCUGUGGACGAGCAGUUUGACAAGGAAAAGGCCCAGGCUGAGGUGCUGGCCCUGGACAAUGUGCCCAACGACAAGCCUGCCUCUACCCCCAACAUGCCCCAGCUCCGUCUGACCGACGCAGAGAAGGACAAGUGUGAGGGGGAGCUGGCCAAGCUUUACAAGCAGCUGGAUGAUAAGGAUGAUGAGAUAAACCAGCAGAGCCAGCUGGCUGAGAAGCUCAAGCAGCAGAUGUUGGACCAGGAGGAGCUGCUGGUGUCAUCGCGACGCGACCAUGACAACCUGCAGUCAGAGCUGAAUCGCCUGCAGGCUGAGAACGAGGCUUCCAAGGAUGAGGUGAAGGAGGUGCUGCAGGCCCUGGAGGAGCUGGCUGUUAACUACGACCAGAAGAGUCAGGAGGUGGAGCAGAAGACCACGGACUUUGAAAUGCUCAGCGAAGAGCUCAACCAGAAAUCAAACGUCCUGACGUCCAUUGACUCUGAGCUGCAGAAAGUGAAGGAGAUGACCAACCACCAGAAGAAGAGGACCAGUGAGAUGAUGUCAUCACUACUCAAAGACCUGGCAGAGAUUGGCAUCGCCGUGGGCAGCAACGACAUCAAGCAACACGAGGGCAGUGGUCUGAUAGACGAGGAGUUCACGGUGGCUCGUCUGUACAUCAGUAAGAUGAAGUCGGAGGUGAAGACCAUGGUGAAACGCUGUAGACAGCUGGAGAGCACCCAGUCAGAGAGCAACCAGAAGAUGGACGAGAACGACCAGGAGCUGGCCGCCUGUCAGUUGAGGAUACAACAGCACGAGGCUAAGAUCAAGUCUCUGACAGAGUACCUUCAGAACGUGGAGCAGAAGAAGAGACAGCUGGAGGAGAACGUUGACUCUCUGAACGAGGAACUGGUCAAGAUCAGUGCCCAGGAGAAAGUCACAGCCAUGGAGAAGGAGAACGAGAUCCAAUCUGCUAAUGAGGUCAAGGAGGCUGUGGAGCAGCAGAUCGCUGGUCACCGUGAGGCCCAUCAGAAACAGAUCAGCAGCCUGAGAGAUGAACUGGACAGGAAGGAACACCUCAUGACUGAACUGCAGGAUCUGAACCAGAAGAUCAUGCUGGAACAGGAGCGCCUCAGGGUGGAACACGACAAACUCAAGUCCACUGACCAGGAGAAGAGCCGGAAGCUACACGAGCUCACGGUGAUGCAGGACAGGAGAGAGCAGGCCAGACAGGACCUGAAGGGACUGGAGGAGACUGUGGCCAAGGAGCUCCAGACCCUGCACAACCUGAGGAAGCUGUUUGUCCAGGACCUGGCUACCCGAGUGAAGAAGAGUGCUGAGAUGGACUCUGAUGACACAGGAGGCAGCGCAGCUCAGAAACAGAAGAUCUCCUUUCUGGAGAACAACCUGGAGCAGCUUACCAAGGUUCACAAACAGCUGGUGCGUGAUAAUGCAGACCUGCGCUGUGAGCUUCCUAAACUGGAGAAGCGUCUGCGUGCUACGGCUGAGCGGGUCAAGGCCCUGGAGUCGGCCCUGAAGGAGGCCAAAGAGAACGCCGCACGCGACCGCAAACGCUACCAGCAGGAGGUGGACCGCAUCAAAGAGGCCGUCAGGGCCAAGAACAUGGCCAGGAGGGGCCACUCCGCUCAGAUCGCCAAACCCAUUCGUCCUGGCCAGCCCCCAGUGGCAUCCCCCACCCACCCCAAUGUGAACCGUAGCGGAGGGGGUUUCUAUCAGAACAGCCAGACCGUGGCCAUCAGGGGAGGAGGAGGCGUGAAGCCAGACCAGAACAGCUGAGGACAGGAUGGGGCGUGACCACAGAAGAAGCAGAAGGAUAUCACCCUGACAACCUGUCAUCCCAUUACAGCCAUUGGCUCCUUGCAGGGUAUAUAUUAGAGUGAGGGAGGAGUUUUAAUAUAAAUAUAUAAAUAUUCAUUGCCUGUACAGAUCCACCUACCCUCAUGUUUCUUCUCUCUGAAACAAACAUGAACUACAGAAAUGAAUUGAAUAUACAAAACAACACGACAUCCACCAACCACAGAGUCUUGGUGUUAUGAACGACAUGUGACUUGAAUGUGUAGCUUUGUUUCGUUGCACAGUUUGUUGUCAUCUGUGUCUUAAGGUUUAGUCUGCACUGUGCCAAGUUGAAUGUACUGUAACCAGGAUUUCAGAAGAGGUGAGAGGAAAACAUGAAAAGCGACUGGGGAAAAGAAAGAAAGAAAAAGAUGAUUGACAACACAGAUGUUUUUUCACUAAUCUCUUGUACAACACAUUUCCUUAUUGUCCUCCUGGUUGCACAACACUUCUUUCUCUGAAUAGAUUUUACAAGCUUGUUAAAAGGUCUGAACCGAAUAGAUGGCCAUCGAGCACUACUGUCCUGUCGUACAGGUGUAACAUGGCACUGCUUCCUUACGAGGUGUUUGGAUUUGAAAUGCCAAGAGGUGGGACUACAGUGUGGAUCUAUUUCAUGACAGAAAACCUGUGGCGGCCAUUGUUUUUUAGAGUGAGGAAAAUAAAGCGACGUGCGGGUGAGGUGGCUACAUGAAACAUAUGUGAGAAGGAAAGAGGAGUCCGAUCAGGAGCGCGCUGUCAUGUCUGCAUCGCAAACGACACCCUUUCCCUUAUAUAGUGCACUUAUUUUCAACAGGACCAAUAGGGCUCUGGUCAAAAGUAGUGCACUAUAUGAGGAAUAUGGUUAUAUUUGGGACACUACCUAUACCUUAUCACAGCCUAUUUAGUCCAUUUUAAUGUACUGUUUUUAUCGGUUUUAAAUGCUGGGUUGUUAUUUAUCUAUCUGCACAUAGGAGCACAUAGACUACUGGUCCACUGAGAUAGAUGACCCACACAUGCAUAGACUACUGGUCCACUGAGAUAGAUGGCCCACACAUGCAUAGACUACUGGUCCACUGAGAUAGAUGGCCCACACAUGCAUAGACUACUGGUCCACUGAGAUAGAUGGCCCACACAUGCAUAGACUACUGGUCCACUGAGAUAGAUGGCCCACACAUGCAUAGACUACUGGUCCACUGAGAUAGAUGGCCCACACAUGCAUAGACUACUGGUCCACUGAGAUAGAUGGCCCACACAUGCAUAGACUACUGGUCCACUGAGAUAGAUGGCCCACACAUGCAUAGACUACUGGUCCACUGAGAUAGAUGUCCCACACAUGCAUAGACUACUGGUCCACUGAGAUAGAUGUCCCACACAUGCAUAGACUACACAUGCUUGUCCUGUCCUAGCUAGGUCUUCUGAUCCAUUCAUCACCUUUGCCCUGACCUCCUCUCUAAACAAACCAAGGAUAUUGGCUGGUUGCUGUUUUUCAUUUUCUGUUUCUAGUAUCUUAUUGUUAUCAAGGGGCUCCCAUGUGGUGCCCUCCCUGUCAUGUGAAGUGGAUUAAACAAAGUUAAUCAAC